AAUCAAUUUAUUUAUUCUUCUGCUUCUAGUAGUCAUUUCCAUUUUGAAACCCUAACUAAAUAUAUUUCAGAUCGGAGGUAUAUAUAAUUAUAAUUAUAUUAGAUUAAAGGAAGAAAGAAAGAAAGAGAAAGAUAGAUGGGGAAGGUUCCGGUGAAAAUUAGAUCGGUGGUGUACGGGCUGUCGCCAUUUGAGCAGAAAGUGAUGCCUGGUCUCUGGAAAGAUUUCACUCAUAAAAUCACUCACAAAGUCACCGAUAACUGGCUCAACACCAUCCUGCUUGUUGGACCCGUCGCUGGCGUUUACUCGUAUGUUCAGAGUUACCAGGAAUCCGAGAAAUUGGAGCAUAGGUACUAAAUGCAACCUUGACCGUUGUUAUCUGAGUUGAACAUGCCAGAAGGAUCAAGGCCUCAUCCCAUUUAAUAAAUGAAGAUAAAAUUAUUUUCUUGAUUAAUAUGUUUUUUGGUGGUCAAUGGAGCUUUAUUUGUUGAAGCUUCAAUAGACUUUUUGUCACUUUAACUCUUGCUUUUAUUCCCAUUUCUCUCGACUGAAUUGGACCCUGUGUAACAUUAUUUUAAUGCAAGGAAAAUACCAAUUUUCUUU